AUGAGCAGGAUAUAUUCAAACGAUCCUCUAACUGCAUUGCCAGUCAAAAAUAUUUUUUACGAUCAAGUUUGGAAUGAGUCAGAUUGGCAUCAAGGAUCUGGAGUAAUUCUGGAAGCUUCCGUAAAAAGUCGUCUACGAUUUUCACUAAUCGACAAAAACCAGCAAAAAAUCCGGUAUUGUGCAUUUGUUUUGCUGGUAAGACGGGCCCACAGACGAGUUUUCGAUGGCAAAAAAGAAAUAGAGCCAAAUUUUAGCGCUACUGAAAAGGUUCGGACCGGAUUUUUACAUUCCUCAUAUAAAGUCGUUCCAAAGGGGCAGUCAGAUUUUUUGACGUACGACGAAUUAGUGAAGAUCAUCCAACCGACGAAUGUUUUAACUGUAUUUGGACUUGACACGAACGAGAAAGACAGCUUCAUCAACGUAUUCCUAGAAGAAAAUGAUCUGGAAAAGCUGGAGAUAAGCGACAAGGAUGAAAUCAGAUUGAAAACCAAAGGUAAUAGUCCAUUUUUAGAGAAUUUGUGCAAAAUAAAUGCCCUAAAUUCAGCCUUAUCUAAUUAUGCUGGAGACGAUAAAAUAGGAGCUUCUUGGACAGACAAGAUCAUGGCUGUCAAACAAAAUCUGGAACUUCAGGAAGAGGAACCAAAUGAUGAAUGGGAUGAUUGA